AUGGCGACACAGCCAGAAGUUGGUGUGUCCGACUUUGUCCUGCUGGACAAUUUAACUACGGAUAAAUUUAUAGAAAAUUUACAUCUCAGGUUUCAACACAACAAGAUCUAUACGUACAUCGGGGAAGUGUUGGUGUCAGUCAACCCGUACAAGAGUCUGGACAUCUACAAUGCACAGCACAUGGCACAGUACCGGGGGCGGGAGAUGUUCGAGGUACCGCCGCACGUGUACGCCGUGGCCGACGCGUGUCAGCGGGUGCUUAGGCAGCAGGGUAGAGACACGUGCGUGUUGAUCUCGGGUGAGUCGGGCGCUGGCAAGACUGAAGCUUCGAAGUUCAUCAUGAAAUACAUCGCCGCCAACACUACGCAAGUGCACAGAGAGUAUAUUGACAGAGUAAAAAACGUAUUAAUACAAUCGAACUCUAUCCUGGAGACGUUCGGCAACGCUAAAACGAACCGCAACGACAACUCAUCACGCUUCGGCAAGUACAUGGACAUCCACUUUGACUACAAAGGCGACCCGGUAGGAGGACACAUCAGCAAUUAUCUCCUCGAAAAGAGCAGAGUCGUCAGUUUGCAACCUGGCGAGAGAAACUUCCACGCCUUCUACCAGUUGUUAAGCACCAAUAAUGCAUAUACAAAGAAAUACGGCCUGAGCUCUAGUGAGGUGUACAAGAUAUUGGGCAGCGAGCGCGCAACUGCACAUGAUUCUAAACUUUUUUCCGUUACUAAUAGUGCUUUCAAUGCACUUGGUUUCUCCGCUUCUGUGGUCGAAGAUAUAUGGAGUAUUGUUGCUGGAGUUAUUUUGUUGGGUGAGCUGAGCUUCUCGGAGUCAGGUGAAGGCGAGAUGACGAUCGGCGGUCCCCUACGGUGGUGCGUGUCCGCGCUGGGUGUGAGCGAGCGGGCCGUGCGCGAGGUGUUCGCGGGCCGCGUGCUGGCGGCGGGCGGCGAGCUGGUCAGCAAGCGGCACUCGCUUAGCGACGCGAACUAUACCCGUCUCGCUCUAGCGAAGGCGGCCUACGACAGACUCUUCAGCUGGAUAGUGCAGGAGAUCAACAGGGCCAUCGAAGCUCCCAAAGGUACAUACAAAAGUACACUCAUCGGCGUACUGGAUAUCUACGGGUUCGAAAUCUUCGAGACCAACAGUUUCGAGCAGUUCUGCAUCAACUACUGCAACGAGAAACUACAACAGCUAUUUAUUGAACUGGUGCUGAAGCAGGAGCAAGAGGAAUACGCUCGGGAAGGCAUCCAGUGGACACCGGUGCAGUACUUCAACAACCGCGUUAUCUGCGAGCUAGUGGAUGCUCCCCAUCAGGGCAUCAUCGCUAUUAUGGACGAAGCGUGUCUUAACCCGACCAAGAUCUCCGACACACAGCUGCUGGAGGCGAUGGACAAGCGGCUGGCCGGCCACAAGCACUACACGUCGCGCCAGCUCAGUCCCACCGACAAGAAGCUCAAGCACAGCGUCGACUUCCGUAUCACGCACUAUGCGGGUGAUGUGACGUACGCGAUAACGGGCUUCAUGGACAAGAACAAGGACUCGCUGUGGCAGGACCUCAAGCGGCUGCUGCACUCCUCCAGCAACCGCUCGCUCGCAGACAUGUGGCCAGAGGGCGCCACCAACAUACAGAAGACGUCAAAACGUCCGCCUUCAGCCGCGACUCUGUUCCGCAACUCAAUGGCUGCCUUAGUAACAGGCUUGCAGAGUAAGGAACCGUUCUACGUGCGAUGCGUGAAGCCCAAUCCCGUGCAGGCGCCUAACGCUUGGGACGAGCAGUUGGUGCGGCACCAGGUGGCGUACCUGGGGCUGGUGGAGAACGUGCGCGUGCGGCGCGCCGGGUUCGCGUCCCGGCAGCGCUACGACCGCUUCCUGCAGCGCUACAAGAUGCUGUCGCAGUACACGUGGCCCAACUUCCGCGGCGCCGGCGCCCGGGACGCCGUCAUGGUGCUGCUGCGGGACCUGCACCUCACCGACGUGCAGUUCGGACACACCAAGCUCUUCAUCAGGAGCGCGCAGACCGUGCACGGGCUGGAGGAGGCGCGCGCGCAGCUGAUCCCGUCCAUCGCGGUGCUGCUGCAGAAGCUGUGGCGCGGCACGCUCGCGCGCAUCCGCUACAGGAAGAUGCGCGCCGCGCUCCGCAUACUCAACGCCUGGAGGCGGUACCGGUGCCGGCGCUACAUCUCGGAGCUGCAGGCGGAGCUGCGCGCCGGAGGCGGCGUGAUGCGGCGCUGGCCGGCCGCUCCCCGGCGCGUGGCGGCGGCGGCGGUGGCGCUGCUGCAGGCCGCCUACCGGCGCUGGCGCGCGCACUGCGUGCUGCGCUGCGUGCCGCGCGCGCAGUGGCCGCAGCUGCGCCUCAAGGUGUGCGCCGCCAGCGCGCUGGCCGCCCGCCGCAAGCACUGGGGCGCCGCGCGCACCUGGCGGGGAGACUACCUCGCCCUGGACACCUACAAUCAACGUGCCGCUGUGUACAAGUCGGCGAUGGCGAGCCUGCAGAAGUCUCAGCACAUCGGACGCGCGUUGUUCUCGUGCCGCGUGCACAAGUUCAACCGCUACAACAAGUUGGCGGAGCGCUGUCUCCUCGUCACCGAUACUUCCAUAUGCAAGCUCGACGCGAACACGUUCAAACUGUUGAAAAAGCCAACGCCUAUUACAGAGGUGGGUGCGGUUCGGGUGAUGAGCAACGAGGCGCAGCUGGCGGUGAUCAGCGUGCCGAGCGCGCGCAACGACCUGGUGCUGGGGCUGGUGGCGCCCGACGAGCCCGCGCCCGACCUGGUGGGCGAGCUGCUGGGCGUGCUCGCGCACCGCUACCGCGCGUUAACGGGAUCAGAACUGACGGUGGAAGUAGAGAGCGGCGUGACGACGCGCUGCACGCUGGGCGGCAAGAACCGCGCCGUGCAGCUGCCCUCCCCCUCCGCCUCGCCCUCGCCCUCCGCCUCGCCCGCCGCGCCGCACUCCCCCACCCCCGUGCCGCCCUUCACGCACGCGCACAACGUCAUCACCUACCACCCCACCUCGGCACGAGCGUAG